AUGGCAAAGAAGGAGGAAGGGAAUGAAGAAUUAGACCAAAUAUGGUCAUUAUUUCAAGAUUCUCCUGAAGAAAUCAAAGAAAGAAGAAAGAAUAUCACUCAAGUUUUACAAGAGAAUACUACUCAAGUAUUCCCAACUCAAAUGUCUAUAAUGUCAGCUGCUGAUGAUUUAGUAGCGUGUUUUUCACUUGGAGGUCAAGUUAAGAAUUAUUAUAGAUUUGGUACUUAUGAUAUGUGUCAAAAACAACGAGAGAAAUUAUGGUUUGCUAUCACUCAUGGUACUUUACUUGAUAGUAAUGAUAAGAAUGAAGAUAUUGAAAAAUUAACGGCCAAGGAAUUAGUUGCUCGUAAUGAUAUUCAACAAUAUUAUAAGAAGAGGUUAUUAGAGGAUAAGGCCAUUGGUAGUUCUGAAGAUGUAUGGGAUCAAAGAAAAGAACCAUUAAGUAAUCCGUUUAAAAAAGUGUGA